AGUGGGCACAGACGGCCGUCCCGACAUUCAACCUGAAACCCAGGUGCUCUUCGUAAACUCUGUCUCUGGACUUCUUGACCAUGAAGACAGAGUCUUCCAACUCGUUCACCAGUCUUUGCAUAAACAUUCACCGGUAUUGUCAUCAGUAGCGCCAUCAAGCUGUUCCUCCUCUUUCUUCUUCUUCCGUUUAAAGUCAGACUUCUAUGUCGAUAUGGUGGUCGCGUACAAUCAUGCUGUCGAGACGGUUCGAGCUGGCACUUUCUUCACGCUGCUCGUAAGAUGGAGGGGAAGUGUCUACAAGAUGGUUUGGCAAGAUAUGCUGGUUUACGUCACUCUCUACUUCUCCAUAUCAUUUUUAUAUAGAUUUGGCUUAUCAGAAGAUCAAAGAAGAACGUUCGAGAAAUUAUCGCUUCACUGCGGGUAUUUUAGAAACCUCAUUCCUAUAUCCUUCGUCCUCGGCUUCUAUGUGUCUUUGGUGGUCAGCCGCUGGUGGGGGAUGUACCAGAGUAUGCCGUGGCCGGAUACAUUAAGCAUCUUGCUCUCCACACACGUCCAGGGACAGGAUUCGCGUGCGCGGUUGAUGCGCUGCACCAUCAUACGAUAUGUGAACCUAGCUUUUGUCAUCACCUUCUCCAUGAUCGCUCCAGCGGUCAAGAAAAAUUUCCCGACUUUACAGCAAAUGGCGGAUGCAGGUUACAUGACGACCAAUGAGAUGGAAUUACUCGAAGGGCUGGAGAAGAAGACGAAGGUUCACAAGACCUGGGUGCCGUUCAUGUGGGCUUGCAAGGUCGUCGACCGAGGUCGUCGAGAGGGAAGGAUCAAGGACGACAUCUCUCAGAAGACCAUCACGGACGAGAUUCUCCGUCUGAGGGGAUGCUGCGGUGAUCUCUUGGGAUGGGACGAAUACAACAUUCCUCUGGUGUACACGCAGGUCGUAACAAUUGCUGUCUACUCGUUCUUCUUGUUCUCUGUCAUCGGAGAACAGUUUUUGGACCCCACGAAGGGUUACCCCAACAACGCCAUCGAUAUCUACGUCCCGAUCUUCACCCUUCUGCAGUUCUUCUUCUACAUCGGGUGGCUUAAAGUGGCCGAGUCUCUCAUCAACCCUUUCGGCGAAGACGACCACGACUUUGAGUUCGUGCCUCUGCUGAAGAGACAUCUCGAGAUGUCCUACUUGUUAGGCGAUCCUCAGCCAAAUGAACUUCCUACAAUGGUAAACGAUCAGUACUGGGAAACGGCGUUUACUCCUGUAGAAGGCGUUUGUCAAAUCAGCAAUGCAGACUUCCUGUUGGCGAAUCAGUUUACGCCAGCCGCUGAGGUUUAACAAGAACGAAGUCCUCUGAGGCUGGAAACCACUCAGCGGAGUCUUGAUCAUUUUCUAGUGGGUGCAUCGUAGUCCUUCACUGGAUUACCGUUCUCUAAUUAUUUUGUCAUAUUUCAUAAGAAAUUAUGUGCUCGGCACGUGAAAAAUCUAUUUUCUUAUGAAUAUACUUCUUAAGACUAUUUUUGCAGGUAAACGAGAAUGGUCCAUUUUCCAAGCGUAGAAACCAACCUUGAUACCUAGUCUGGGAAGAGUUUGUGGAUAAGAAAUAAGAUAUAUUAGUUACAUAGGAUACAUCCCACCACUGGUAACGAUUACAUUAUUACAUUAAAAUCUUAAAGAACUUGAUGCAAAGAUAGUACUGAGCUUUUUCAUCUACCUAAAUGAAGAGGGGCAUCCAUUCAGUUUUCUAUGAAAUUACAGUAUGAUUAAGGUGACAAGACUAUUACUUCCAGUGUUUAGGUAGCAGUAUGAUAAGAGCUAAAUGUAUGUUUACGUAGCUGGCAGCUGUAUGAGUUUGGCCUAUCUGUCCGUCCAACAAGAUAAAUGCUACAGGCUUUUCUUGUGGUGUUCUGCUUGAUGCUGUUAUUUUUUACUUUUUGGAAAACAUGUUCGUACUUCUUUAUAAAGUACCUUAUUUCUAAAGCUUUACUAAGUCAUUAAGUGAUACAAAGUCCUCGUUUUCUGUGUCAAAUGCUUCUUUAUAAAGUACCUUAUUUCUAAAGCUUUACUAAGUCAUUAAGUGAUACAAAGUUCUCGUUUUCUGUGUCAAAUGCAAGGAGAUUUAUAUUAAUUUUUGUGUAAGAGUCAGUGAGCUCAUAGAUUUAAAUUUAAAUAAGUUACGUC